AAAAUUCAAUCUUUAGUCUUUAUAAUCGAAUCUUUUGUACCGUUUUUGUCUUCUCGUUCGAAAAGUGCAGAAAUUAUAGAUGUAGUGCAACCAUAGAAAGAACUCUAUUUAACUACGUAUGUGACGUAGAGAGUUAGGGCUCAAGCACUAAAGGGAUAAAGAAUAAGGAAUUAAACACAGAAAAAUUAGGAUUGUAGAAUUAAAUUUCAAUAUAUGGAAACUUGCUUUAAUUGAAGUGUUUUUUCAUUAGUAGAAAUUAAUUUUUUGUUUCUACUUCUUUAUAUUUAAAUUUUCCUUAUUCCAUUUUUAUUGUGAUCGAGCCUUUAAGGAUACGUCCUAUUUGAAACUUAAUCUUUUCUUGUGUAAUAUUCGAUAAACAAUAAAGAUAAGAUAAUUUUGAGUGUAUCGCUCAUUAAAUGGGAAUUUAAAAACUUUAAAUGGAUUUUGGACUUUAAAGGGGAAAACAUAAAAAAGGAUCUCGAGACGAACAACCGAUUGCAACUUUCGUUCUUGGCUGCACUUUCUGUACUCUUUCUUCCUCUUGCUCCUUCUUUAUAUUGAUUGAGCAGCUUUUGGAUCAUUUUUGACAGUCACAUAAGAAUGCAACUAAAAAUGAAUGCAUUCACACCUUGAAGAAAAUGGAAAAAAGAAUGAAGAGAGGACCACUGGAUGCUUAUAGAAAACGAGCGACGUUCGACUGGAAGUCAUUCAAGCUAGCAUUAGACGGAGAGGAUUCCAUACGUUUUCAGAAUAAAUUAUGGAGAGUCAUCGAAACCCAUCCAGUGUUUCAAAAACCGAUAACACCGCCAAGGAAUUUGGAUGAAAUCCGAAGACGUUGCAACAAUCAAGCACGAGUAUUUCUUGACAAUGACAUAAAUCCAAUAAACGACUAUGAAGUUUACUUUUAUAUAUUUCAAUAUGAUGCAUCGAUACCAAUUAAAUCAAGUAUCUCGUAUGCUAUGGUACCAGGUACCAUAUUAGCUCUAGGUACCGAGCAACAUCACCAUUUCAUAAGAAAAUUUGGCAGUGGAAAUUAUAUCGGUUGCUUUGCACUGACUGAAAUUUCCCAUGGAACAAAUGCGAAAGGCAUGAGAACCACAGCAACAUAUGAUAAAACAACAAAAAGUUUCAUCCUUCAUACACCUGAUUUCGAAGCUGCAAAGUGUUGGGCAGGUGGUUUAGGGAAAAGCGCAACGCAUGCCAUCAUAUUUGCUCAAUUAAUUACACCGGACAAAGUAAACCAUGGCCUGCACGUUUUCGUUGUACCAAUUCGAGAUUCGAAUACCCAUUUGCCUUUUCCCGGUGUUACCGUCGGUGAUAUGGGUGAAAAGAUAGCCCUUAAUGGAAUAGACAAUGGAUUUUUAAUGUUCAAUAAUUAUUCCAUACCACGUAACCACCUAUUAAAUCGCACCGCGGAUGUCAGCGAGGACGGAAAGUAUGUGCUCGCUUUAAAGGAUGAACGAAAAAGAUAUGGCUCAUCGUUGGGUGCACUCUCAGGAGGUCGCGUCUCUAUUACUAGGAUAUGCAGCCAUUAUAUGAUCCUAGCAUUGACAAUUGCCAUACGUUAUUGUGCAGUUAGGAAACAAUUUGGUCCUACCGAUGAUAAUGAAUUGCCAGUUAUAGAAUAUCAAACGCAACAAUGGCGAAUCAUUCCACAUUUAGCCGCAACAUAUGCGGUAAAUAUAUUUUCAACGACGUUAAUCCGAAUUAUGCGUACAUUUCAAACAAACAACAUGGUUGAGGGUAAAGAUUCCGCCGCCGAUGUAGGAAUGGAAAUACACGCAUUGUCUUCCGCAACGAAAUCAUUAUGUUCGUGGAUUGCCCGUGACGCGAUUCAGGACUGCAGAGAAUCUUGCGGUGGGCAUGGAUAUUUGAAAAUGUCUCGCUUGGGUGACAUAAGAGCUGAAAACGAUGCCAACUGUACGUACGAGGGUGAAAAUAAUGUACUUAUUCAGCAAGCAAGUAAUUGGUUGUUAAAUCAAUGGACCAAUGUAAAUAAAGGACAACCUGUGUCUUCUCCGCUUAAUUCUGCGGAUUUUCUUGUGAACGCAGAACAAAUACUGAACACCAAAUUUAAUCAAACUACAUUGGAGAGUGUAUUAAAGCCUGAAACUUUACUUUUAACUUUUAAAUGGUUGGUAUGUUAUUAUUUGAAAAAGACUCAUCAACGUGUAAAGGAACUCAAAUCGAGCGGGAUGUCUGAUUUUGAUGUGAAAAACAAUGUGCAAUCAUUUUUAGCGCGAACCUUGUCUCUCGUAUAUGGAGAGCAUGCCAUAAUGUUAUACUUUAUCAAAUGUUUACAAGAUCCAAAAUGGAAAGCGAAUGAAAGAGAGGUAUUGACAAAACUAUGUUCUUUAUUUGGAGCUGUAACAUUGGAAAAGAGAUUGGGAGACUUGUACAGCGGUGGUUAUGCCUCUCCCAGUAGUAAUAUAGAUGAUUUUUUGCGGAAAGGAAUUAUAAUGUUAUGCAAAGACUUAGUCGAUAACGCGGUUGCGUUAGUUGAUGUAUUGGCUCCGCCUGACUUUAUUCUCGAUUCUGCUCUAGGAAUGUCCGAUGGCGAGGUAUAUAAGCAUAUAAAAGAAUGGAUAUUUAAAGACAAGGAGAACUUGGAACGUCCAUCAUGGUGGAACGAAAUCCGAGCUAAAUUGUAAUAUAAAAUUACGAAAUAAGUCUGAAUAUAAGACAAAAAAUAUUUUUCUAUGUAUUAUUCAUAGAUUUUAAAAUAUCUAAAAAUUUUUAAUAGCUCGAAACAAACGCACAAUACAAAUUCAUAUUGCUCGUUUAGAGUUUUGUAUGUAUUAAUUUAGGGGACGUAUGUAUUAAUAUUUGUAACAUCAAAAUAAUUUGUUAUAUGUCAUACAGUGUCUACAAUUAACGUACAAAUUAACAUCAAUUUUUAUGAUAUAAUUGAUAUUUAAAUAUGAUGUUGUUAAAGUUGUAAUAUGAAUUGAAUAUUAUUUUUAUAU